AUGGAGAAUUUUCUCAUUCCUCUGAAAAGCCUUAGCGCCACAUGGCUGAGCCCCAGCUCCACUACCUUUGCGAUGGAUAUGAUCCUUGCCUUUGUGUGUGGACUGGGGCUCUUCUUUCUAUUACUGCUCUGGCUCCAGGCCCCCAGAGCCCCUGCUUCCCCCGGGAGGAACUUCAUCCCGGACACUUGCAGUUUCCCUCCCACCACCAUAGCACCCCCAUCCUGCCACAACCCCACAACCCUGGUGAGACACAACAGAGAAGCCAGAACAGGAGCUUGGCCCUCACCAACUCUUACAUCUCAAAGUCUGAAGACCCAAUUUCACAAGAUAUGGAGCCAGCUUUUCUGGGGUCUGCCCUCUCUGCACAGCAAAUCCUUGGUGGAUGCUGCCUGAAUCUCAGAAUCUUCUCCUCUACAGCCUCCCCCAUUUUUAUUCAACAAAAUCUCAAAUCUUUCCCUAGUUCAAGUGCAGGAUAAAAUGUACCAACAGCCCCUCUCCUGCCUGGACCCCCAAGCCCCUCCCUUGAUUCUGUCCACUGCCGAGAUCCAGACCCCUCGUCUAGGUCAGGCAAAGGACAAACCUAUCGCCUCAGAGUGCUCCUCCAUGUGCACUGGCGGCUGCAGCAAGGAAGUGCAGGAGGUGAAGUUCCAGCCAGAGAAGGACUGGGACGGGAAAUGGGGGCCAUAUGAUGCCCAGAGAUCCUUAAAGGACCUUCCCGCUGGACAGGGCAGCAGGAAGCCUUCCCAGGGACUGACAUCCGGUCUCACUGGCACAGCCUGGGAGAAGAAGCAUCCUGGGCACCAGCAGACACAGCCUAGAAGUCCCCGUGAUGCCUGCAACACCUGUCUUCCAGGACAGAGGAGAGCCAGGCCUUCAGCCAGGCAUCGGGAGUGAGUUU